UAAUUUAAGAUAAAUAAUUACAGACAAUUAAGUCUUUCAUAAAACGUGUGCAUAUCUGACAUUCUGUACAAUCAGCUGUGUUAUUAUGACAAGGAAUUGACAAAUAUUUCAAAAGCAGCACUAAAUUAAAUUGAUUACACAAAUCCAAAAUUUUAAGUUAAGUAAUAAAAAUGGCACAACUGCGACGUGAGGCGCUAAGAGCAUUUAAAAAUUUGCAUCGGACCAGGCAAUUCGUCUUCCAAGGAGAUAAACAAACUUUAGAAGCUGGUCGCAAAGAAAUAAACGAACAUUUUAGAAAAAAUCGUAAUGAAUCAAAUGAAGAGGAAAUAAAAAAGAUGAUAAAACUAGCGAAUGACGUUAACAAAGAAUUGCGCACAAACGUUGUACAAGCAGUACAGGAAAAGGAAGGCGUUUACCAGCUGCGCAUCACCGAAGAAACCACGCGUUUGGACAAUGUUCCUUUUAAUCCAGACGCAACAAUCGAACAAUUGACUCCACGCAACCGCAAGAGACGGCCUGCCGGUGGUUGCUGCGGGGGAGAAAAUUCUUCGAGCGUUAAAGCAACCAAUCCCAAGUAAUAUUUGUGCUAAAUAAACUUACAUACAUACAUAUGUUAUUAAAUACAAUAUUUAAAGAUAGAUUAUUCUUAAGUAAA